GGGGUGUGUGUUUGUGCUAUGUGAGUGCCCCAACAGGGGUUCACUUCUCGUGGCCAGAAAUGUUCUAACCUGAGAGAGAGAUCCAGACAUACAGAGGCGGCAUACUAAUAAAGGACCAGGCAGCCAUGUCGGUCUCUCAGAUCACCCCCACCCUGUUCCUGAGUGGAGCAGACGCCCCCCUCAACCAGGCACUGGUCUCCCGCAAGGGCAUUACCCUCAUUGUCAAUGCCACCCUCAACCACGCCUGCCCAGUCUACCCAGGCGUGGAGUGCCUGCGUGUGCCCGUCUCCGACCUGCCCAGCGCCCGUCUGGGUGACCACUUUGACCGUGUGGCAGAGCGCAUCCACAGCAACCGGACGGGUGGUACGCUGGUGCAUUGUGCGGCUGGCAUGAGCCGCUCGCCGGCCCUGGUCAUAGCAUACCUAAUGCGCUACCGGGGAGUGACUCUGUGCCGGGCCCACGCAUGGGUGCAGGAGAGUCGGCCGUACGUACGACUCAACGCGGGUUUCUGGGCGCAGCUACUAGAGUUUGAGAAGAGGCUCUAUGGGAAGAAUACGGUUAAGGUGGCUGCGCCCAUGCCGCCGGUGCAACCGCCCCUGUUGCCAUGGACACUUCGGUCAUCAUGGACACAGCGGUCACCACCGCUGUUGCCCAGGUCACCGUUGUUGUCGUCUUUGUCGCAGGCCAAGAGGUUGAAGAAGGGUAGGCUUGGAAGGAAAUAGUAGGGAGGGAAGUUUGCUUUUCUGUCUGAAGAUGUGAGGGGAGAACUUACAGCCCUACUGCCUGAGGAUGUAAACCAGGGAAGCAGGCAUGUCCCUUGCCUUGAUUUGAUAAGGGAAAUAUAGUACAAUAAUAAUCUUUAUAUAUAUAUAUAUAUAUACACUAAACCAAAAUAUAAACACAACAUGCAACAAUUUUUAAGAUUUUACUGAGUUACAGUUCAUAUAAGGAAAUCAUUCAAUUUAAAUAAAUUCAUUAGGUCCUAAUCUAUGGUUUUCACAUGACUGAGAAUACAGAUAUGCAUCUGUUGGUCACAGACAUCAUAAAGAAAAGUAGGGGCGUGAAUCAGAAAACCAGUCAGUAUAUGGUGUGACCACGUUUUGCCUCAUGUAUCGCGACAGAUGAGUUGAUCAGGCUGUUGAUUGUGGCCUGUUGAAUGUUGUCCCACUCCUCUGCAAUGGCUGUGCGAAGUUGCUGGAUAUUGGCGGGAACUGGAACACGCUCUCGUACACGUCGAUCCAAAGCAUCCCAAAAAUGCUCAAUUGGUGACAUGUCUGUUGAGUAUUGUGUACAGAUUUUUGCGACAUGGAGCCGUGCCUUAUCAUGAGGUGAUGGCGGCGGAUGAAUGUCAGUGGUUUCAAAUUGCAAUUGAUAAAAUGCAAUUGUGUUUGUUGUCCAUAGUUUAUGCCUGCCCAUACUAUAACCCCACCUCCACUAUGGGGCACUCUGUUCACAAUGUUGAUAUCAGCAAACCGCUCGCCCACACGACUAUAUACACGCUGUCUUCCUGGCACAGUUGAAACCAGGAUUCCUGGUACAGUUGAAACCAGGAGUCAUCUGUGAAAAGCACACUUCUCCAGUGUGCCAGUGAGCAUCGAAGGUGAUCAUUUGCCCACUGAGGUCGGUUACAACGCUGAACUGCAGUCAGUUCAAGAUCCUGGUGAGGGCGAUGAGCACGCAGAUGACCCUGACACAGUUUAUUACAGUUUGUGAUGAAAUUCUUCAGUUGUGCAAACCCACAGUUUCAUCAGCUGUUUGGGUGGCUGGUCUCAGACGAUCCCGUAGGUGAAGAAGCCGGAUGUGGAGGUGCUGGACUGGCUUGGUUACUCGUUGUCUGCGGUUGUGAGGCUGUUUGGACGUACUGCCCAAUUCUCUAAUAACAUCCCUGUUACCAGAUCAUUUCUCGCAUUUCUCUAACAUACAUACAUUUCUCUAACAUAUUACUUUAGAAAAAAAUUGCCGUUGACUGAUCAGAUCAAAUGAUUGACAUAAAGAGUCGUUGUGUUGAACACUGUGCGAUGUUUAACAGUAAGAAUGGCAGAAUGGUGAACUUACUAAAUGACUGAGAGUUUGAAUGUGUGAUAUUAGGUUGCUUCUUGUGUAAAUAUUUUCCGUCUGGAUUUUUAUUAUUUUUAUGUUAUGUAUGUUAGAGAAAUUAGAGAAAUUAUCUGGAAACAGCUUUGGUGGACAUUCCUGCAGUCAGCACACCAAUUGCACGCUCCCUCAAAACUUGAGAUAUCUGUGGCAUUGUGUUGUGUGACAAAAGUGCACAUUUUAAAGU